AUGAAGACUAUAUUCCCAGCCUUCCUCGCCUCGGUCUUCUUCGACAUGGCGCUUGGCGCCGGCAGUGCAACCAAAGGCACGGGAACAACAACAAGGGGAUGGUCUUGUUGCAAGAACUCCUGCUCGUGGAGCAACAAAGCUCUAGUCAAUAGUCCCGUUAUCAGCUGUGAUAACGUUGACAAUCUGCUUAACUCUCCGGCUAGGAGAGAUGGAUGCGAAAGUGGAGGAGGCUCCUUUGCUUGCUCUGAUCUGAGCCCGUGGGCCGCGAGCAAUGACCUGUCUUAUGGGUUCGCAGGCGUGAAUAUAGCAGCCUCCAAUGAGUCGGCAUGGUGCUGCUCUUGCUAUCAGCUUACAUUCACAUCUGGCGCCGUAAACGGGAAGCAAAUGGUUGUUCAGGUAGUGAACACUGGUUCUGAUCUUGGCAAUGACCAAUUUGACCUAGCCAUCCCAGGAGGUGGCCAAGGAAACCUUCAGGGGUGUACAAAAGAAUUUGGAGGAACAACUGACUUGUGGGGUGCUUCAUAUGGAGGAGUAGCUCAUCGCGAGGACUGUAACGCGCUUCCAGACCCACUGAAAGCUGGAUGCUAUUGGAGGUUCGAUUGGUUCCGGAACACAGAUAAUCCCACUGUUAGCUGGGAGAAAGUGACGUGUCCAGAAGCACUGUCCUACGUAUCUGGGUGCCGACGAAAUGACGAUCCUGUACCCGGAAAAGUGACCCCGACGCCCACAAAAUCGGCUCCAAUUGAAUCCGGGACAGUCGCGCAGGGUAGCCAAUGCGGCGGAGCGACGUAUAAAGGCCCUACUGUUUGCGUGUCAGGGACAGUCUGCACAUAUGUGGAUGAAAACCAUUACUACUGCCUCCCGGAUCCGGCAAGUACCCGCUCUACUCCAACUGUUACGAGCAGCACACCGAUACCGACAAUUGCCCAAGUUUGGGACCAGUGUGGCGGCAACGGCUGGCCAGGACCUUACCGAUGCAAGGAUUCCCAGUGUGUGAAGUUCGAUGACUUCUACUCGCAAUGCCAGCCAUACAGCUCUGGAGGAGGACAACCAGUCGUAACCUCGAAGCCACAAUCCAGUGCACCAGCCACUUAUCCAUGGGGCGGCCAGUGGACUCGUCCACACCGGACAUGGCCAGGCCAGGUGCCCAACCAACCAACCUCAGGGAAACCGACAUCCGCCAACCCGCCUGCAGCAACAGGUUAUGCUCAGUUGUACGAUCAGUGUGGCGGUCUAACAUAUACAGGUACAAAGAAUUGCGCGCCGGGCUUGAAAUGCGUGUACUCUGAUCAAUGGUACUCGCAAUGUCAGAAGGCUUAA